AUGCCCUCAACGGCUUCAACAGAGAAUAUUUUACAAAACUUAUCUAAUUUAAUCCCUCAAAUCUUUCAGGACUGUCAAAAAACUAGUUCAACUCAUAGAAAAAAUGCAAUAAAUUUACGAAAGCUGCAGUUAAAAUGUUCAGCUAUUGCUCCAAGUGACCCUUCAAGUGAUAUGAAUGGGGAAAGUCAAUUCAAUAAAGAAUUUACAAGAAACCUGAACAAAAUAUUGACAAAAAAAAGGGGACAGAAAACUGCUGAAUAUAUAGUAAAAUUUGUAGUUUCAUUUGUCACAUACAGUCAAGAAAAAGAAAGAGAAGAAGCUUCUUCCGAUGGAUGUGUUAAUGAGGAUCCAGAUGAUUAUAAUCUUGAGAAUUCAUUAUCGUCAAGGUUUACUGAAUAUUUGCUUCGCUAUUUAUUGCAAGGUGUUAAAGCUAAAGAUAAAGUUGUAAGAUAUCGUGUUUGUCAACUGAUUAGUUAUCUUAUUAAUUUAUUAAGAACACUUGAGUUACAAGGUGAUGAAUUGUCGGGCGAUGAAAUAACACAAAAACUAUUGGAAAUUAUGCAAAAUGAUUCCAGCCCAGAAGUUAGACGUUCUGUACUCAGUAAUCUUGAUCUUACUGAAACAACUUUACCUUUUAUUCUUGAACGAGCAAAAGAUGUCGAUUCACAUUGUCGUCGCUCUGUAUAUCAAAUAAUGGAGGGAAUCGGUGAUUUUCGAGCUUUAUCAAUUAAUGAUCGAGAAAAAUUAUUAACUUGUGGAUUGAAAGAUAGAAAAACAUGUUCAAAAAUGCUUUCAACAAAAUGGCUUAAACAAGUAAAUGAUGAUUUGCUACAGUUACUUAAUAGAUUAGAUGUUGUGAGAAGUAACAUAGCUCAAGAAGUUUUAUUAUCAAUAUUUAAAGAACGUCCAGAUUUACUAAAAGAUUUACGUUUUGAAGAUAAUAUUUGGGAUGAAUUAACAGCCGAAAAAAUAUUUUUUAUUUGUGUUUUUUGUGAAUAUCAUAAAGAGGAUGCUAGUAAACUUGAUGAGUUAUUACCAGAAGUGACGCGAUUUGCCUUUUACCUUCAAAAAUAUCAUAAUUGUUUAAUUGAAGCAAAAAGUGACAUUGAACAAACGAAUUAUGAAUUUAUAGUUACCCAAUUUCUUUUAUUAGCAAAAUUGCUUGAUUAUGGAGAUGAGAUUGGAAGGAGAAAAAUGCAUUCAUUAUUAGGUGAAAUACUUAUGUUGCCUACAAUUAAUGAAAAUCAUAUUGAUAAUAUAAUAGAAAUUAUUAAAAAGAUUUCACUGAAUGAAAAAGAUUUUACAUGUUCUAUGGCAGAAAUAAUUUUGAAUAUUCGUGAAGGACUUCUUGUAACUUCCAAGGAUGAUGACAUCACAGUCAAUAAGACAAAUUAUAUUACAUUGAGAGAUGAAGCAGACGAAAUAGAUUCUUUAGAUUAUGAUGAGAUGGAGGUUGAUGAAGUUGCGAGGAAUGAUAACGAAGUUCAAAAUGAGAUAGAUCAUGAAGAAAAGGAUCGAUUGAAUUUUAAAAUGAUUAAUAUGAAGUGUUUACGAAUUAUUCAAUCCAUUUUAGAAAAAAUUGGAGAAAGUUUAAGAAAUAAUCCAUCCACUUCUGGUUUUAUUGAUGAAUCAUUGGCUAAUGAAAAUCUUGGUAUAUUCAUUCAUUAUGUAAAACAUGGUCAUAAUGCCUUGCAAGCUAAAUCCUUGAUGAUGUUAUUUGAUAUUUUUAUGACAUUUGGAUAUACAACAAUCACUAAGGGAACUGAAAUUCCAGAAUUAAUUAAUGAUUGCUUGAAAAGUGACGUUGAACAAAUCCAAGCAAUUGCAGUUGAAGGGAUUGCUAAAUUAAUGCUAACAAAAUUAUUACAGGAUAAAGAUAUUUUACAAAAACUUGUAUACCUAUACUUUGGUAAUAAAACCAUUGAAAAUAUUCGAUUAAGACAAUGUUUAAGUUAUUUCUUUCCGGUUUUUUGUCAUUCUGCAUAUGAAAAUCUACAGUUGAUGCAACAAAUUUUUAUUCCAACAAUAUUAAAUUUGUUGAAAGAACAUAAGAAUUCAAAAGGUUACUUAACACCACCGUUACAAAUUUCUCAACAAAUGAUUGAUUGGAUUGAUCCUUACCAAGUGGUUAAAUUACCAAGGACCGAAGAAAAUAAUAUUGAUUAUGGCCUACAUGCUGACAUUGCUAUUAACAUAAUCAAAGAAAUAUAUUUAGACACCAACAAGGAUAUUAGAAAACUUUUAUGCCAAACGUUAAAUAGACUUCAAAUAAAUGAAACAGCUGGAAUUAUAAGAUUUAGAAAAUUAACAUUAAUUGCAGGAAACCUAAAAUCUAGAAAUAUUUUAAGUGAUACAGUGGCUAAGAAUGCACUUAAUAAGUUUGAAAGUAAUUUGCUCAAAUAUUUUGAAGAUGCACCCAAUGUUUUAGAUGAUGAAGAAUUAGAAAUGUUAAGAGAUAUACAUGAUUUUAUAAAUGAU